ACGGCGGCCGGGCGGGACAUGGCGGCGGCGCCGGGCGGGUGGCGGGCCGCGGGCGGGCGGCGGCGCCGGGCGGGCGGGGAGGCGGCGGGGGCCGGCGCGGUGCUACGGAGGCUGCGGGAGGCGCGGGACGAUCUGCUGAGCUCCGGGUUCUGGGAAGCGAGCGCCGGAGCCGUGCGGGCCCCGUUGGGCAGCAGCGCGGAGCCGCCCGCCCACUGCGUCUGCUACGGCCUGGGCCGCUUCAGCGUCUGCCCCGCCGCCCGGCACCAGCUGGCCUUCCUGCUGCUGCUGCUGGAGGAGCUGGGGGUGCCGCCCGGCCGGUGCGCGCUGUUCGAUCCCGCCUUCUCCGCCCAGGAGGCGGACGCGCUGCGGGAGCUGGGGCUGCGGCUCCUCCCGGAGAACGAGGAGGGGAAACACGACGUUGAGGGAUCGGCCACGCUGUUUUACAUGGUGCACUGCGGGAAAGCCUUGUACAACAACCUCCUGUGGAGGAACUGGUCUGCAGGGGCACUGGCCAAAAUGGUCAUCAUCGGGAACAGCUUCAAAGGGAUUGAGGAACGAUUGUUGUCAAGAAUAUUGGAGAGAGAUUAUUCUUACAUAGCAAAGGUCUUGAAAGGGACAGAGGAAGUGGCACUCCCCACUCACCCUCGGUACCUGGACACCUUUAAUGACACCUCCAUCCACUGGUUUCCCUUGCAAAAACUGAAGGAACUCUCCCCUGAGGUCUGGGAGUUCAUGGAGGAGCCAAUGUACCAAGACUGUGAUGACUUGGAGAUCAUCAGAAAGGAGGACAGAACUGACCGGCACAGUCCCACUGCCACAGAGUCCUGACAGUGCUCUGCAGUGCCGGGGGGGGAACCUUGUGGCUGCACCUUUUCCCGUGGCAGCUUCUGCACAGCCAUGACAAAGCUCAAUCACUGACAGUGUCACCAUGCUCUGCCAAAAGUGGCAGCACUCCAACACUGUGAUGGGACAUUUUUGUACCUGAAUUAUUUAAUAAAAGGUAAAGUUGUGCUUUGACUUAUGACUCACUAAACCCUGCCUUUUACACCAUG